AUGGUGCCGAGCCAGUCGAGAUCGUGCACCCAAGACACAACGCGCUGGAGUCCCCCUCCGCCGGGUUACUUCAAAGUAAAUGUGGACGGGGCGAUAUUUGCAAAAUCUAAUCAAUCUGGCGUGGGGGUGAUCGUGCGUGACGGGGAUGGUAACAUGGUAGCUGCCAUGUGCAGAAAGCUGGACCUGCCUCUUGGUGUGCUAGAAACGGAAGCAAAGGCCCUAGAGAUGGGGGUGGUUUUUGCUGAGGAGGUGGGGCUGAGGGACGUGGUGUUUGAAGCCGACUCGCAGGUGUUAAUUAACGCUAUUCAUGGCAUGAGUGAGGCAGCGUCGUCGGUGCUGAACAUUAUUCAAGGGGUGCUGCAGAAGGCCCAAAGCUUCAGGACUUUUGAUUUCCUACAUACUAAAAGGCAGGGGAAUGCCCCUGCCCAUUUGUUAGCCCAACAGGCCCAGAGGGUUGAGGGCCUGGCAGUUUGGCUGGAGGAGUGUCCCAGUCAAGUGGCACAUGUGUGUGCAAAAGAUGUAUCUUUAUUGCAAAGUUCAAUUUAA